UGACUGUGUUCUUAAGCACUUUGACUCCAAAAUUCUACUUUGCCCUUACAGUGACUUCGUCUUUUAUAUCUGGACUGAUAUUUGUGUUUGAGUGGUGGCAUUUCCGAAAAUACGGCACAUCUUUCAUUGAGCAGGUUUCUGUGAGUCACCUGAGGCCCCUCAUCGGCGGCGCAGAAAACGGCUCUCCAGCACCAGCAGCAUUCUCUGCUGGAGAGAAUGAGACAAGCAGGCAGAAUAUGCCAGAGUGCAAAGUGUGGCGAAAUCCUCUCAAUCUUUUCAGAGGGGCAGAGUAUAGCAGAUACAUGUGGGUGACUGGGAAGGAGCCUCUUACAUACUAUGACAUGAAUUUGUCUGCUCAAGAUCAUCAAAACUUUUUCACAUGUGAUACAGAUGCCCUUCGGCCUUCAGAUACAGUUAUGCAGAAAGCAUGGCGAGAGAGAAACCCUCAAGCCCGGAUUAAAGCAGCAUAUCAAGCUUUAGAGUUGAACAAUGAUUGUGCCACUGCAUAUGUCCUCCUGGCUGAAGAAGAAGCAACAACUAUUGUAGAUGCUGAGAAGUAUUUCAAGCAGGCUCUGAAAGCAGGAGAAAUGAUUUACAGAAAGUCUCAGAACUGCCAUUCCCAAAGUCCCCAGCACGAAGCACAGCUGAGAAGAGACACCAAUGUGUUGGUAUAUGUGAAAAGGAGACUAGCUAUGUGCGCAAGAAAACUUGGAAGAAUACGAGAAGCAGUAAAAAUGAUGAGAGAUUUGAUGAAAGAGUUUCCACUUCUCAGCAUGCUAAAUAUUCAUGAAAACCUCCUGGAGGCACUGCUGGAGUUACAGGCUUAUGCAGAUGUCCAGGCAGUUUUAGCAAAGUAUGAUGAUAUCAGUCUUCCAAAAUCGGCAGCAAUAUGUUACACAGCAGCCCUGUUAAAAGCCAGAGCUGUUUCAGAAAGGUUCUCCCCAGAAACUGCCUCCAAAAGAGGGCUCAGUACAGCAGAAAUUAAUGCUGUGGAAGCAAUUCACAGAGCUGUGGAAUUUAACCCUCAUGUUCCAAAGUAUUUACUAGAAAUGAAAAGCUUAGUGCUACCUCCGGAGCAUAUUCUGAAACGAGGGGACAGUGAGGCAGUAGCAUAUGCAUUUUUUCACCUCCAACACUGGAAGAGGAUAGAAGGGGCUCUGAAUCUGCUGCACUGUACAUGGGAAGGCACAUUUAGGAUGAUCCCGUACCCGUUAGAGAAAGGUCAUCUUUUCUAUCCCUAUCCGAGUUGCACAGAAACAGCAGACAGAGAACUGUUGCCAACAUUUCACGAAGUCUCCGUUUACCCACAGAAGGAACUUCCCUUUUUCAUCCAUUUCACAGCAGGCCUAUGUUCCUUUUCGGCAAUGCUUGCCCUCCUCACGCACCAGUUCCCUGAGCUGAUGGUCAUUUUUGCUAAAGCCGUGCUGCGGGUGCUGUGGCCUGUGAGUGCUCCCAGUGUUCUGGCCUCCAGCUGA